CCUCAAAACUCCCGUAUUCUCCGGUUACGAAGUGUUCCAUCUUCCCACGCUCGUCGCUCUCCGGCUUUUUCAAUUUUGACAAUUAAAAAAGAGGUACUAGGGAUGCUAAUGCAGUAGACAAAUCUUGUAAUUGCAGAAUGGCUCGUACCAAGCAGACUGCUCGUAAGUCAACUGGAGGAAAGGCCCCAAGGAAGCAACUUGCUACCAAGGCUGCCCGUAAGUCUGCUCCAACCACUGGAGGAGUGAAGAAGCCACAUAGAUACCGCCCUGGAACUGUUGCCCUUCGUGAAAUUCGUAAGUAUCAGAAGAGCACUGAGCUCCUGAUCAGGAAACUCCCAUUCCAGAGGCUUGUUCGUGAAAUUGCCCAGGACUUCAAGACGGAUCUACGUUUCCAGAGCCAUGCCGUUCUUGCAUUGCAGGAGGCAGCAGAGGCGUACCUUGUUGGUCUCUUUGAAGACACAAACCUUUGUGCAAUCCAUGCCAAGCGUGUCACCAUUAUGCCCAAGGACAUCCAGCUUGCGAGGAGGAUCCGUGGUGAGAGGGCUUGAUGACUGAGAGAGUAAUAAUUUGAACUCACUCUCCCAUCAUCCAUCAGUCUGCCUUCCGCAUUCCUGUGACUUGAUUUUUGGCUUCAUAUGGCUUCAUCGAUAAUGUGUGCAUCUUAACUUGCUUCUCUUCUUCGGAAGCAACGCUAACUAAGCAAAUUAUCUUUGGUAGAUUGUAGGUUCUCUCUAUUUUUCUUGCUUCAAACGAAGACUGUUGACUUAGAUUUAUUAUGUUAGCUGUGAUAUUGUGUUGUUUUCAGAUGUCUAGAUGUUUUGGAACUCUAUAAAUUUAAGUACGAAGGUAAUCUCCACCUUUAAUGUCCUUUAA